ACAAUUCUGAGAAGCUGAGCAAUGCUUGUGAAAGGGCAUGUGUGUAGAAACAGGCUUCACUUCCUCUUUCCGAGUCUGCUGCCUCACGACAGUGCCAUAAAUAAAUAGGAAGCUUGGAGACGCACAGCUGACUGGAGGAGGCUCCCGAAGGAGCUGGCUGUGGAGGACCAGAGGAGGCAGAGUCUUGGAGUCACAAGAGCCAGUGACAUGAGUCUGGCACAGCCGCCAGCCCGGCAGCCACAGGAGACUUCAGGGCAAUGAGGACACCCACCUGUCCAUAGCCAGCAGCCAACCUGCAGGUCCAGAGCUGACCAGGAGAUGGCGCUGCUCCCAGGACCGCUCCUCAUGGCCCUGCUGGCUCUGGGCUGGGGGACCCGUGUGGAAGGGUCAGAGGGUACUGUUCCGCUGCAGACCCUGCACUGCUACAACGACUACACCAGCCGCAUCGUGUGCAGCUGGGCAGACACCGAGGCUGCUGGGCAGCUCAUCAAUGUGACCCUCCAUCGCAGGUUAAAAGGGGACCAUCCCCAGCCAGUGUCCUGUGACCUCACUAAGGAUAUGCCCUGGUCACACUGCCCAUCUCCUCCCUGUGUGCCUAGAAGAUGUGUCAUUCCCUACCAAGGUUUCGUCCUGGCCGACAAUGAUUACUACUCAUUCCAACCAGACCGGCUUCUGCACAUCCAGCGCACCGUGACACUGGCCCAGCACGUGCAGCCGCCCCCACCCCGAGAUGUCCAGAUCUAUGCCACUGGGGACCAAUUCCUGCUGACCUGGAGUGUGGCCCUCGGGGGUCCCAAGAUGUCCUGGCUGUCACAGGGGGACCUGGAGUUUGAGGUGGUCUACAAGAGGCUUCACGAGUCCUGGGAGAAUGCCAGCACCCUGCACUCCAGCUCCUCCCAGGUCACCCUGGGGCCCGAGAUCCUCCUGCCCAGCAGCACCUAUGUGGCCCGAGUGCGGACCCGGCUGGCCCCACACUCGGGCUUCUCAGGGCGGCCCAGCCAGUGGAGCCGUGAGGUUCACUGGGACUCACAGCCAGGGGACAAGGCCCAGCCCCAGAACCUGCAGUGUGUCUUUGAUGGGGCCCACGUGCUCAGCUGCUCCUGGGAGGUGAGGUCCCAGGUGACCAGCUCGGUCUCCUUCGGCCUCUUCUACAGGCCCAGCCCGGAUGCAGGGGAGGAGGAGUGUCCCCAGGUGCAGAAGGAGGAGCUUGACGGCCUCUACACCCGCCAGUCCUGCCAGAUCCGUGUCUCCAGCCUGAGGCCCCAUGGCCAGUACACGGUGGCCGUGCGCCCACGGAAUGAAGAGACAUUCAUCAAGAGCUCAGAGCACAUCCAGAUGGAGGCCCCGACCCUCAACGUGACCAAGGCUGGAGGCAGCUACAGCCUGCGCUGGGAGGCGAAGAGAAUGUACUAUUCCCACAUCGAGAACAUCUUCCAGGUCCAGUACCGGAAAGACAAGGAGGAGUGGGAGGACAGCAAGACUGAGACCCUGAAGAACGCGCACAGCAUGCCGCUGCCCCCCCUGCAGCCCGCCACCACCUACUGGGCCAGGGUGAGGGUCAGGCCCAGCCCCAGAGACAGCUACGACGGGAUCUGGAGCGAGUGGAGCAAGGAGCAGGGCUGGACCACUGAGCGGGUGCUGCCUCCCUGGGUGCUGACACUCAUCCUGGUCUUUGUCACCCUGGCCCUGCUCCUGGCCCUGCGCUUCUGUGGGCUCUGUGGGUACAGGCUGAACAGGAAGUGGAAGGAGAAAAUCCCCAACCCCAGCAAGAGCCACCUCUUCCAGAAUGGAAGUGCAAGGCUCUGGCUCCCAGACAGCAUGGUGGCCUUCGCGGGCAGGAGCGCCCCUCGCCAGGGGCCCAGGGCUGGCCUCUUCCCUGAGCUGGAGGGGCUGUGCGCUGUAGAUCACAGGGACAGUGAGGUGUCACCUCUCACCACAGAGGACCCUAAAGUUGUCUGUGACCCUCCAUCCGGGUCUCGUUCCACUCUGGCUGCCUCAGACCUGACCCCAGAACAGGUCCCCAGCCCUCAGCCAGGCCCGCCAGCCACCCAAGGCCGACCUGAGGACCAGCUCGCCACCUUCGACUUCAAUGGCCCCUACCUUGGGUCGCCACACAGCUGCUCCCUGCCUGACCUCGCCGGCCAGCGUGCACCACCACAGGGCCCCAAGCCAGCCCUGCCAGGCUCCCUGGAGUACCUGUGUCUGCCCCCCGGGGGACAGGUGCAGCUGGUGCCUCUGACCCAGGUCACAGGGCAGGGACAGGCUGCCCAUGAGGAAGUAGGGGGAGGCCCUGCCCCUCCUGCAUCUGAGCCCAGGGGCCAGGCACAGGACCCAGAGGACAGCCCAGCUAUUCUGCCCACAAGCUCUGAGGGCCCUGAGCACCUGGUCCUGGCCUCUGGUUAUGUCACCACUGCAGACCUGGCACUAACCUUGUCCACAGGGGCCUCAUCUGUCUCCCUGGCCCCCGCUCUGGGCCUCCAGGACCCCUGCCUCUGUCCAGGCCUGCCCCCCGCAGGGCCCCCCAUAACCCCACUCCCUGAGAAGCCAGGAUUUGAGGGCUAUGUGGAGCUUCCUCCAACCAUGGGGGCACCCCCCAUGUCCCUUCUGGGCAGUCCUGCAUCCAGCAACCCUGUCCUGAGCCCAGGGGAGCCCCGGGCAGAUGUGCCCCUGCCGUCCCCAACUCCUGAGGGGCUCCUGGUCCUGCAGCAGGUAGGGGACUACAGCUUCUUCCCUGGCCUAGGACCUGGCCCCUUCUCACCCCGAAGCAAACCCUCUUCCCCAGGACCCUGUCCGGAGAGAGCAGACAUUGAGCGGGGUUCCACAGUCCAGAAACCUCCAGACCAGCCUGUACCCCAGGUGCCUGCCAUUCAGUUCUUUAAGUCCUGGAAGCAGCAGGACUACCUGUCAGUCCCCCCAUGGGAAGUCAGCGGGCCCCGAGAGGUGUGCUGAGGCCUUGCAGACCACUCUGUACCCUGCAUUCUCCCUGUGACCUCCCCAGAGCCAUGGGGCAUCCAUGAUGACAAUGACAGGACCUGGAGAACCCUCCACCCCUCAGAGUCCCCUGGACCUUCAGGGGCCGCCUUUCUCCUGCUGCUUCUUUCACAAACACACACACACACACACACACACACUUUUCUUUCAGGUUAACUUAUUUCUAGAUUCUGAGUUAUUAGAGCUUUCUAUGCAUAGCCAUCCACCUCCCUUUCCUUUUGUUUUUUAUGGGGUUCCCUUGUCUUCGUUCUGUCUUCCCUCUUCACUGCUGAUUCAUUACUGGAGUGAGGUUGGGUCCCAGGCAAGCCUAUCCUGAGCAUAAGCCCUGCCCCGUGUGUUGCAGGCUCUGGUGGGCAGCCUGUGCCCUGCAAGCUCCCAGGCACAACAUGUGCUUCUGGGGCGGCUGCAGGAGGGCCGGGUGACACCUUGAGGUGAGACCUGGAGACCAUCCAUGACCUCCUCAACUGUCACUCCAGGAAAUGGGCGUGGGGUGGUAACGUGCAGGGCCCGAGUGUGCAGAGCUGUCUGAAUUCCUGGAAAGCUCUGUUAGUCCUCACAGAGGUGAUUCGGGGGUCUGGGGGGGUCAGGGGUCAGAGAGAAGUCACUGAUCUUGGUGAUGCCAUGUGGUGCCUGCAGUUUGGAUGACGCUAGCAAGAGGGGUGCAUCAGGAAGGGUCAACUGCAUCAACUGUGCAAAAGCUGGGAAGACGGCUCCAUGGUGUGUAUCAGAGGAUGCACACUUUAAAGUGUUUAGUCCAGAUGGCCCCACUGCUCCCCCGCAGAAGACGUGGGGCUCUGGCUCCCACUGGCCACAGAUCUGGGCCUGCCCAGGGGAUUAUGGUUCUUUGAAAUCUUUGCCUUUUUGUUAAUGCAAAAAUAAUGGCAUUAAAUUGUUUUCAUUUGCACUAUCUGAGCAUUAUCCAAUGAGCACAUAUUUUCACAUGUACCUUGCACACUGGUAUUUUUUUACAUGGCUAAGCCCACCAUGGUCUUUGUUUGCUUAGGAGCUAUCUUUUUCUGAUCAAGUUUUUAAAAGUAUUUUAAAUGUGACCAUUCAUAAAUGGUGUGAAUUUGUUCCUCCAGUUCACUGUUUGUCUUAUAACUUUGUAUAGGUGGCAUUUGGAGCCCUCAAUGUUUUCAUACCUGCUUUGUCAUGAGAUGGGUCACUGGGCUACUUCUCUAAUUUGGGGGCCAAAUUUAUAAAGGCCUUCUCCAGAGCAAAGUUGAAUUUGUCCUAAUUUAUAUUUUUUCCAGUUCCUUUUCUACUUCAAGAUAUUCAUGUAAAAUUUUAAUUAAUUUGGAACAUUGUAGAUCUGUCUCUAUGUUUUCCCCAAAGACACAUCAGGUGACUUAAAGCAGGUGUCGAAUGGUCUCUGUGCUUGAAAUGCCACUUCUGUGAUACACAAAGUUCCUGUCUAGAUUUGUUUUGUUUCUAGACUUCCUUUCUAAACUAUCCCGAUCACCCAGCUUUAUAAUAGAUUCCUUCCCUCACCCUGUACCAGGAAUCAAACUCAGGACCUUGCUCUUGCUAGGCAGGCACUGUGCCAUUGAGCUACAUCACUGGCCCCUAUAAUAGAUUAUAAUAAGUGGCAGGGCAAGAAGUCUGGUUACCUUUUAUUCACCAGCCCUUGUUCAAUACAGCAGUGUUUGUGGUCCAAGAAAAUCAUAAACAACCUAAAUGUUUGUCAAUGGUGAAAUUCUACAGUAGAAACUUCUGUGAAAAAUCAAUGAGACAGACACCCGCAGGCAUCAGGAAGAAGUUCAAAAUAUGAAUUCCAAAACAUCUGGGCAUCAUUCAGAGGGGAAAAUUGCAAUAAAAUAUUCGUAAUGUAAAAGGAAACCAGGCUUGAACUUCUGUGCCUGAGGGAGAGGAGCUAGGGAGGGUGCUCUGUGGAAGGCCAGCGGCCCUCCCGGGAGGCUAGAUUCUGUAAGACAGGAGGAAGUCUGGUCUCUGUGGCACUGCGGCACUCACAGGGCCUCUAUGAGUUGAAAGUGGCCUUUGGGACAGGCCACGGCAGAAGGAGGAAGCUGUGGACAGCAGAAUAAGAAGCAGGGGAACUUCCUGGAAAAUCCAGGAGGAAGUGGGGGGAGGAAAAGACUAAGCAAGAGGACAAUAAAGAUCACACUUAUUGCACUUAAAAAAAUUAUUCACUGUUGUCUGAAAUUCACAUUCAACUGGCCAUCCUGUAUUUGACCUCUAGUCAAUGGAAUGGAGAAGUAGGUAAGAGAAUGGAUCGCCCAUAAAAAUAGCUGAGGACGAUUGAAAGCUAUUUCUAUACACGCUGCUCAAGUGAUUUCUGGAAUCAACUUAUUUUAUCUUCACAGCGCUGUGAGGCAGAUAUUGUCGAUACUCAGAGGACUGAGAUCUUUUGAUCACUGUAUUUACCAUACCCAUUUUUGUCAUUGAGGAAACCGAGGCACAGAGAGCUUAUACAACUUGCCCCAGGUCAACCAGCCCAUUGGGAGCAGUGGCAGGAUUCAAACCCUGGUCCUGGGCUGAGAGGCUGCCUUUGAAAGCAAGAUCUUUCUCCUGAAGAUCCACACGUGGAUGUGAAAUAACCUGUGUGGGUUGGCAAGACAGAAAAAUCCGGAACUGAGUUGAUUCCACAGCCAGGGGAGAUGGAGCCAGUGGUGACUAUGGAAAUGUCGUGUUUCUCCAGGAGCAGAACAAGAGGCUGUGUGUUGUCACACGCUGAGAUCCCAAGAGACCUUUCCUGCACCCCAGAACAUGCAUACGGCAGGUGAGUGCUGAGGAAUUGUCUCAGCUUCAGGUCUCCAGGCAGCUGUGAAGGACUUUUGGAGACUGAAAGGAAGGGACAAAAUACACCUAAGCAGAGAAGCCGUCAGGCCAUCCAGGCCUCACAAGGCACCUGCUAGCCACAGUGGACUUGGGAACAAGAAUUGCCUAUUGGAAGAGCCCCAUGUGGGACAGACAAGGCCAGCUGCUGGGCCCCUCAGGGCACCCAUCUUUGACCACACUGCUCUGAGAAGAACGAAUUAGAGAAGGAAGGAGAAAAUGCUGAAGGCCAUCAGCAGCUGGCCACCGGGGGUCUCCAACCCUCUCACAGAUUAAUUCAUUACCCAGAAUCACUGCCGUGAGCAGAUCAUGCACCCCCAGAGCAAACCCCUCUGUCUCCAGACUUCUCUCUCCCAGGCCCAGAGGGUGCUGUCACAGUGGUGCCCAAUCAAUAAAGGCAAGUUGGGCAAGUUGAGGGUCCUGAGCACAAGUGGCUUCUGCCAGGUACCCCAAGUCACCCCACAAGUCCCAACUCAGUGUGGGCUCCUCAUGGGAAGCUCUUGCUGUCCUACACCCAAGUGGAGCACAUCUCAGCAUCUGUAUCCCCCAUCCCAACUUUGCCCCUUUGCCUGUGUCACCCAUUGUAUUUCUGGCUCAUAUCUUUGUGUCUCAACUCAGGCUUCAGUGUCCAGCCCAGACCUCAAACAUCUGCCUGGUGUGUGUGUUACCCUGGGCAACUGGAUUUGUGGUGCUGGCAAUUGAACCCAGGGCCUUGCACAUGCUAGGCAAGUGCUCUGCCACUGAGCUACACCCCAGCCCCUAAUGUGUAUGUUAAAAGUAUUUCUUGCUGGCAGAUUCUGCAUAUUUGUGAUUCCUUCUCUUCCAUCCCCAUUGAGAUGCCUAUUCUGCCAAGGGCUGAUGAUGGCAAUGAAGUCUGGCUAAUUGCUAGAUAUUAAGAGCAAAUGCACAGGCACACCCCUUAAACUUUCAUUUCCAUAUGAAAUGAAAAUUCAUGACUAUGCCAAGGAGGGCCAGACAGGAGGGUCAGAGAGGUGGGCUGUUUUCUAUUCAUGCAUGAUUCCGGCCUUGAGGGAGAACACCAUAGCACUGUAGGGGCCUGGAAAGAAGGGUGUCCACCUGGGAAGGGCUGUGUGGCACCCACACUUCCUAGAGACAUUGCUAGAUUUAGCAAACAAAAAUACAAGCCGUGGAGUUAGAUUUGAAUUUCUGACCAGCAGCAAAUAGUGUUAAGUUGUUUACAUUUGCAUUAUUUACAAUUGCAAAAAUUCAGAGACCUUUGGGGACCUUUCUGAAACAAAUUACAUCCUCUGGUGUCUUGUUGGUGCUUGAGAUGCUUUUUCAAGUUAUAUGGAAAAACAUGUUUAAGUGCUUUUCAGUUUUGUUUUGGUUGAGUUCUACUUAUUUGAAUAUUAUUGUAGUUUUUUUCCCCUUGCAUUGUUCUUCUUUGAAUGGUGUUAAUUUUUUGUAUGUGUGUGUGUUUGAUAAAAAAGUUAUUUUUUUAAAAAAUUCAGAGACCAUCGAUCUAAAUGUCCAUCAGGGAGGAAUGGCUUGUGUAAAUCGUGGUACUUUCACACGAGUGUGACUCCUGAGAAGCUGCUAAGAGAGCCUACGUGUAGCAAGACAAGACUUCCAAGAGGCCCCAUGGGAGAGAAGGUAGCAAGCUGCAAGCUGUGUCCUUAACUUUCUUCAGGAGGGGUGAUUUGGGGACCUCUUUAGUGGCAUCAUUGCUUCUCAUGGUCACUGAGUGCUCUCAAUGCAGACAAUGACCUUCAAAUUCUAACAGAUCCAGCAGGAAGGCUGCUUCAAAGAGUGCCCCCUAAUAAACUUGAAGCAAAAGGGAUAGAAGACGUGAAAAAAAUUUGCAAUGCCUGUGUAACAAGAUGACAGGAACUGUAACUCACUAGAAGUCCCCAGUGGCUUUGUAAGUCUUUAGAGGUGGAAGAUGGGACACUGAAGAGCACACUCAAGAAAAAGGACAUGUCCCCUCCACCAGUGCACAGGAAAGGAAGGAACACUUGUUUCCUCCUGGGAGAUGAGAGGGAGGAGAGGUGGAGAAGAGAGAAGAGAGAAAAGAGAACAUGGCUAAGGAUCCAGAGAGUUUGCAGAAUGCCCUGCGUUUCCCUGAUAGUCACUAACGUCCACACAGAACCUCGAAAGUUGGGACUACUUUAGUGGAGAAGAUCAAGGAGAGACUUGGUCCCAGAUCCCAAUCUGACCUGCACUGAUUUGAGACUGCUGCCAAUCAGCUGAAGGUUCUUUUGCUCAAUUACACAGAAAUCGUGAGUCGACAGGUACAGCUCUGCUAGCAACCCUGAUGCCACCAGGUGACACCAGUUAACGCUGGAUGGGAUUGGCCAACCCGGCUAGUUGCUCGGCUCAGCCUCUGCCAGCCACCAACGGCUGACACCUGCUUGUUCUGGGUGCUGUUGGGCGAUUCUGCUAGUAGCUGCUCUCCAGUGCUGAUCUUUACCUGCUGCUGGUCUCCGGAGUAUUCAGGGCCAUCUGUAUUCAUAGUUUUGUUUUUUUUUUUCUUUAAGCAACUACUCUAUCCAUACUAUUCAGAAUAAGAAUCUUGAGUAAAUUUAUAGGACCGUCCAAGCCCACACCAACAGAGAACUACAUCAUGAGCAGACUUACAGGAGCACUGGAGUGAGGCUUUAUUGGAACAGGACUUGUGCUGCAGCAGGAGGGAGAUGGUAUCAGUACACCAGAGGGAGCCCUUUCAGACCAACCUGAGGGGUGCGAGAGCACUGCUGCUUAUGUAGCAUCAGCAGGAAUGUGAUUGGCCCAAAGCCGAGCCUCCUGAUUGGUCCAAAGUGAUCUAAACUCAAACCUUCUGAUCUAUACCUACUGAGCAGUCCAAAUUCAAUUCCUUGGUUCAAUAAGUGUAAAUUCCACAGGGCUGGGGAUUUAGAUCAGUUGUGCCACACCUGUCUUGCAAGUGCAAGGUCCUGGGUUUGAUUCCCAGUACCAAAAAAAAAAAGCACAAGUUUAAAUUCCCGCCUGCAGAAGUCAGUACACUUGUGGAGUGCCCAGGACAGCCACAGCUGUCAUGGUGCUGUUGGGCUGAGUGUUGGGAGACUUGAGCUGUUUGACAGCUGCUGUGUCUCCACAGAAAAUUUGGGGGCUGAACCUGGGGAAGUGUCAGAGGGCCUAUCUGUGUUAGUCACAGCUUACUGGGGUUUGGGUUAUUGGGUUACUGUUAAUGCUAACAAUGGGCCUGGAUCCCUCCCUGUUCUCUGCCACGUUAGAGGCGAUUCCUCUACUGCUUCUUUAGAGAGGGGCCCAGUGUCUGGAGCAGGGUGUGGCUCUGCAGCCAACAACUGGGCCACACUUCCUGUCAGAGCCAACUAGAGACCUGCCGAAGUUACCCGAGGGGCAGAAGGAGGACACUGAGGCAUGCUGGCCCAGUCCCUCCUCAGGGGACCUGGGGGGAGGGAAGGAGGUGGCGGGGAGGGCGAGACAGCUCUUGGCCAAGCCAUGACCCCCUCUGGCUGGCACAGGAAAAGAGGGAGCGUCGGGUGCUUCUCAGCUGUCUCAAGAUGAGGCAGAGGCUGUGUGCACACAGCUGGGCCGCUGGUGGCCUCUUGAACACAGGGCUUGGGGCUGGGAAAGGGGUGUGACCUGGAAUGGGCUCUGAGGCAGCCCGAAGCAGAGGGCUCAAGCCUGGGAGGACCUCGCUGCCAUGGGCCAGAGCUGGGAGAAGAGAAAGUCAGAAGAGUCAUCAUAAAUAAAGCGGUUCCACUAAUCAAUGAGAGAUAUGUGGAAAAAGUGUUCAAAUUGCUUGAAUAAGUGCUCUACAAAAAUAGAGAUGGAAAAUAAAACGAAAGAAAAAGGCUUAUCCUCAUUAA